CCCGUCCAUCCAAAGAUAACAAGCCCAUUUAUUCAAAUCUUCACAUUUUCUUGGUGCUAUGUCACAACACCCCAAGCACCACCUCUUGUAUUUUGCUACCUUAUUACUAGAUUUCUUUGAAUUGAAAGUUGAAACUCAUUUUCGACUGAACACAACCUGCUUGACAUAAACCCCAACUGAUCUACUGUUACGAUUUUUUAUAUAACUUUGAUGUUAGAGAGAUGAAUCCGUUAACCCUAGUGAAGCGCAUUCAGAAAAUCAAUUCAAGAGAAGCUGAUUUAGGUAUAAGCGAACAAGCUUCGUGGCACGCUAAAUACAAAGAUUCAGCAUAUGUAUUUGUUGGUGGCAUUCCCUUUGAUCUCACCGAGGGUGAUCUUCUUGCUGUUUUUGCUCAAUAUGGGGAGGUUGUUGAUGUUAAUCUGGUUAGAGACAAAGGUACUGGCAAAUCAAAGGGUUUUGCAUUCCUUGCAUAUGAAGAUCAAAGAAGCACUAAUCUUGCUGUUGAUAAUCUGAAUGGAGCUCAAGUUUUAGGUAGGAUUAUUAGGGUGGAUCAUGUUGAUAAGUAUAAGAAGAAGGAGGAGGAAGAUGAAGAGACAGAGCGACAGAAAAGGGAGGCCCGUGGUGUUUGUCGAGCUUUUCAAAGAGGGGAUUGUACUCGUGGAGCUGGAUGCAAAUUUUCUCAUGAUGAGCAAAGAGCUGCAAAUACCGGUUGGGGUGACAAUGGUGAGAAAGACAAAGCAAAAUGGGAUAAUGACAAAUAUGAUGGUCCCAAGAAAGAAAGAAGAGAUGGCAACAAUCAAUCAAAUCGCAUUCCUGAAACUAGAGACAGAGAUUCACGCUCCAUAGCUCAUGACAAUGAGAUGGAAUUAGACAACCAAUCCAAGCGAAGUGAUAGAAGAGAGAACAAAGUGUUGCGGAGGCAUGCUGACGAUGAUAGAUUUGAGGGAAGAGAAAAUAUCAGUAGAAGAGAAGAAAGGAGACCAAGAAGGUAUGAAGACGGUGAAUUUGAACAUCGGUCAAGAGAAGAUCAACAUAGGAGAGAAGAGAAAAGAUCAAGGAAUGAUUAUGAUGGUCGGGAACAUGAGUCAAGAGAUCAUAGAAAGGAAGACAGGAGGCCAAUAAAGCGAGUUGAUGUCGAGUUUGAGCCCAAGUCAAGAGAUUCUGGUGUAAGAGAAGAUAAGAGACCGAGUAGGCAGGAUGUUGAUGAUUUUGGAAGCAAGUCAAGAGAAACACUUGGUAACAGGGAAGAGAAGAGAUCAAGAAAGCACACUGAAGAUGAAUCUGUGCCAAGGUCAAGAGAAGAUCGUGAUAGGAAGCAAGAUAACAGAUCAUAUAAAAUUGAUACUGACCGAUCAGAAUCAAAAGGAAGAUACGAUUCUGACCGAAGAGAGGAAAAGAGGUCAGGAAGGUAAUGACAAUAUUGGACGGGUUUUACCAUGGACAAGAAUGAGUAUUAGAGUAAGUUCAGUGACAUUUGAUAACCUGAAAUGUAGCUCGUUCGUUGUAAUAUUUCCAUAGUCAUUUUGUUUGUCAUAUGAUUUACUUGUACUGCAAUUGGUUCAGCAAUGAUUUUCCUUUUGGAGUGCUGAGUUUGAUAAAUAUUGUUUGACUACAGUGUCCAACUACCAAUUCUAAUGCAUCAUGCAUUCGACAAA